UUCAUGGGUGUGGUGAUUAGCCUGCUUGGUGAAAAUUUUAGUCAAAUCCGACACGAGUCGCGAUCGCUGGUGGUCAUUUAAACAGAUUAAAAUUGGCUUAAAAUUAACACUGCUCCUUUUGCGAAUCUCUCACAGCUGUGGCGAUGGUUGUCGUGUGAAAACGGAUCGGUGUGACUCGGAUUGAAGGACCGACAGAGCCAAAACGCCUGUUUCAGGUGUCAGCUGGUAAAGUGUGUGUGUGAGUGUGUGUGUGUGUGUGUGGGUGUGUGUGUGUGUGUGUGUGUGUGUGUGUGUGUGUGCGCACAGGUGAGUGGGUGAGUGUGUAUGUGUGUGUGUGUGCAUGCGUGUGUGAGUGCACGCGCUUUCCCAGCCUAGUCAGUGUUUGGAGUGGCCUGAGCACAUCAGGGAAACAAUGAGCGAGCUGGAACAGUUGCGGCAGGAAGCCGAGCAACUACGCAAUCAGAUCCGGGAUGCCAGAAAAGCCUGCAGCGACUCGACUCUGUCACAGAUCACAGCUGGUCUGGACUCAGUGGGCCGGAUACAGAUGCGGACGCGACGCACUCUCAGGGGCCACCUGGCCAAGAUCUAUGCAAUGCACUGGGGGAGUGACUCCAGGUUACUUGUCAGUGCAUCACAAGAUGGGAAGCUAAUCAUCUGGGACAGUUACACAACAAAUAAGAUGCACGCCAUCCCUCUGCGCUCUUCCUGGGUGAUGACAUGCGCCUAUGCCCCUUCUGGGAACUAUGUGGCCUGCGGAGGUUUAGACAACAUCUGCUCCAUAUACAGCCUGAAGACCCGUGAGGGCAAUGUGCGCGUCACCCGCGAGUUACCCGGACACACAGGUUAUUUGUCCUGCUGCCGUUUCUUGGAUGACAACCAGAUACUUACCAGCUCUGGAGACACCACCUGUGCAUUGUGGGACAUAGAGACAGGCCAGCAAACCACAACUUUUUCUGGCCAUACAGGCGAUGUGAUGAGCUUGUCUUUAAGCCCAGACUACAAGACUUUUGUGUCAGGAGCCUGCGAUGCCACUUCCAAGCUGUGGGACAUCCGCGAUGGCAUGUGCAGGCAAUCUUUCACUGGCCACGUGUCCGACAUCAACGCCGUCAGCUUUUUCCCCAAUGGGAAUGCCUUUGGCACGGGCUCAGAUGAUGCCACCUGCAGGCUGUUCGAUCUGCGUGCUGACCAGGAGUUGAUGAUGUACAGCCACGACAACAUCAUCUGUGGCAUCACCUCCGUGGCUUUCUCCAAGAGUGGACGCCUGCUCCUAGCCGGCUAUGAUGACUUCAACUGCAACGUCUGGGACACUCUGAAAGGCGAGCGUGCAGGUGUGUUGGCAGGCCACGACAACAGAGUGAGCUGCUUAGGAGUGACAGGCGAUGGCAUGGCUGUGGCCACCGGCUCCUGGGACAGUUUCCUCCGGAUCUGGAAUUAAACGAGCCUUUUGCCUGUUGUGCUCAAAAGCUGCCCACCAUCUUCCUCCCUGCCACCCCACCCGGCAUAUCUCAACUCAUCUUUGGGCUGGAUGGGGUGCACACUGUGUCAGCUGAACUCUUCUUAACUCACCCCCCCAGUUCUCAUCUCUGCUGGUGACCUGCCCACCUGUGAGAAAAUACCAUCUCUUACUGACUAGAUUUUUUUUUCCCCCCACCAGAGUUGUCCAGUAAAAAUAGUAAGAAAAAAAAAAGAUAAAACUGAAGGAUAAAAAAAAAAAAUAGAAGAUUUGGCCCUCACACAAAUUAUUUUCCAAAGGGCAAUAAAGAGUAUCUGUUACAAUGACUAACAUCAAGAUUGGCAUCAGUGUCUAAUACGUACACGUAUAUAUAAAGACAGUAUAUACAUAUAUAUGUAUAGCAGUGUGUGUGUGUGUGUGUGUGUGUGUAUGCAUCAUAUAUGCAUAAAUAAUGUGUAUGUAUAUAUUUUUGUAGAUUAUUUCCAGCCCUUGAGUUUUUUUUUUUUUUUUUUUUUUACAAAUAUAAUUUUUAAUAUUGUUUUAUUUUUAAUGGACAUACUCAUGUAACUACAUAAUGCAACAUGGUGGCAUAAUCCUGAAAUUAAAACAAAGCAGCCUAACUUUCAGAUCUUUCCUGUCGAUUUAGUUAAAGCCCAUCAAGCAACAAAACAGGAUCUGAUAUCUAAACCAAAAAAAUCUAAUUUGGCCCAAACUAAACUCAUCCGUCUGUAUUUCUGUGUCAUGUUACAGACAGUUGGUAUAAUUCAUAUACCUGUACCUGUAAAUGUUGCAUUCAUGUGAAUGAUGGCUGUGAUUUCUUUCUUUACAAAGAAAGGAACAAAAAAACAAUACAAACCCGAGCAUUCCACAUUCCUCACCAGUCAUUUGUUUUGGAAGGCGACUAUUUGACCGCUGUGGUUGUGAUUUAAGAGAGCUUCAAAAUCAACACUUAUUCUUUUUUUUUUUUUUUUAAAGCUUCUAGUCUGGAUCCAGCUUCAACUCCAAAGUAGAAACUGAUGAAUUGUAGGCUCAGAUAGAAAACUUUAUUGUAUUGGAGGCCCUGCCUUGGUCUCUACUGUGGACUCUGUUUUUAAAUCAUGGAUGUUCAGUAUCAGAAGACAACUUCCUCUCCAUGCAAUCAAUUGCAGUUGAUAGGACUGAUAAUGGUUUGGGGAGGUCAUUGGUUCCCUGUUUCUACAGAAUCUACACAUUUUUCCUGAAAGAUUAGACAAGGAUCACGUGCUGCCCUACAAAUGACACUGAUGUAGAGAACGGUGCGGCAAAUAGACACCUUAUCCCCGAGUGGCCCUGUAACAGCACUGAGACUUGUGGGCAUGAAAGUGAGAGCAGUCAGAGGAUCUUAAAAGGAGCUUCAUGUCAGGACCACAGAGGACAUUAGUGACUCCAUCAGCAGCUUCUGAGGACCUGAGAAAAUCUAAAGAUGGAGGGAUGACUGUCGGAGCUCACAUGCCAGUUUUGUGUUUUCCUUAAAGAAUCUGAAUUCUUUGUCAUUCACAAGGUGUGACUUGAGUGACUCCACAGAACUGAAAUCAUGUUAGCCACUCCAAAGUCACAGCAGUGCCACCACAAGCCUGUAAAAAAAAAAAAAA